UAUUCAUUCUAGUUAGAGGAAAGAUAGGUGUGCAAUACAUCGAGUGUUCAGUGACCCUAACUUGUUUGAAGUAAGGGAUUCAAGUGAGGCACGAAGAAUCAGCAACCAUGGAAGUGGAAUUAAUUUCUACUGAAAUUAUCAAACCAUCAACACCCACUCCUCCUCACCUUAGAAUCUAUCCUCUCUCUUUCAUAGAUAACAUGAUGUACCGUAAUUAUAUCCCAGUAGCUCUAUUUUACCAUCCAAACGAGAGUGACAAACAAUCCAUAAUAUCAAACCUCAAGAACUCCCUCUCUGAAGUUUUAACCCGAUACUACCCCUUUGCAGGCAGGCUUAGAGACCAACUUUCCAUCGAGUGCAACGACGAAGGUGUGCCCUUUCGGGUCACUGAGAUCAAAGGGGAGCAAUCAACAAUCCUACAAAACCCCAACGAAACAUUGCUCAGGCUUUUGUUCCCUGAUAAGUUGCCAUGGAAAGUCACGGAGUACGAUGAAAGCAUCGCAGCUGUCCAGAUCAAUUUUUUCUCAUGUGGUGGUCUCGCGAUCACUGCGUGCGUGUGUCACAAAAUGGGUGACGCUACCACCACUCUAAACUUUGUAAACGACUGGGCCGCCAUGACAAAAGAAAAAGGAGAGGCGUUGACGCAAUUGUCCCUCCCUUUACUCAAUGGUGGAGUUUCAGUGUUCCCACACAAGGACAUGCCUUGUUUCCCCGAAAUAGUGUUUGGGAAAGGCAACAAGAGCAACGCGGUGUGUAGAAGGUUCGUGUUCCCACCCUCGAAAAUCAACUCCCUCAAGGAAAUGGUAACUUCCCAUGGCGUGCAAAACCCCACGCGCGUGGAAGUUAUAACCGCUUGGAUCUACAUGCGUGCGGUUCACGCGCUAGGGUUAACUUUUGACAAGACAUCGUUCCGUCAAGUGGUCUCCCUCCGCAGGAGAAUGACUCCUCCGUUGCCUAACAAGUCCGUUGGGAACAUGUUUUGGUUCUUAUAUAUGUGCACCCCGGGCGCAGACAAGGAUGAGGAAAUAGAGCUACAUGAUUUGGUAGCCAAAACAAAAGCAAAUUUUGCUGAUUUUUGUGAAGUGUAUCCAAAGAAAUUUGGAGGGGAAGAUAAGGAUGUGGCGUUCAUCUCCAAGUGCAUGAACCAAGGUCCUUCACCUUUGAACAAGCCUCGUGGUUAUGAUGAGAUCAAGGACGUUCACAAUUUGUUUAUUUACACUAGUUGGUGCGGGUUCCCAUUGUAUAAUGCGGAUUUUGGGUGGGGCAAACCGCUCUGGGCAACCACUUGUGGGUGGUUCGUGAGUAAUGGUAUGCUUUUGACCGAUACGAGAGAUGGGCGAGGAGUUGAAGUGAUUGUGAAUAUGGAAGAGGAAGACAUCGUCAGGUUUGAGCGCGAUGUGGAGCUUCUUCAAUAUGCCACUUUGAAUCCAAGCCGUGAGAUAACAUACUAAUUAAUGUUCUCUUCUCAAAUUCCAUCUUGUACUUUGCAGGAGGGAUUCUUAAUUCUUAUCUUCAAAAAGUUGUUUAAUCAAGCUUGUUGUUCACUGUGAUUCUAGAAGUGUCUCUUCAAUGUCCUAUGACUUUAUCUAUGAAAUAAAAUUGUUCUUUUUACUUUUCAAAAAA